ACUAUGCGCAUCGUAGCACCACCGGCAUCUCGACGACUCAACCCUCCAUGACUGAUGCUACACUGCGCACCCGGUCAAAAAUCCAAAACGGAGAGAGAUAGAGAGAGAGGCAGAUUCUUUGAUAUUUCCGAUCGCAGCCUUCAUCUCUCAUCCUUCGAAGACCUUCUUCGAUUCUUCCAAGUCCUAGAAUCCGUCUCCAUAUAAAACGCCGUUGGGGUUAGGGUUUUCUGCCCCAAUCCAGACGAAUUCCAAACCCUAAUUUCUCCGCCUAGGGUUUAUUCUCUUUCCUCUUUCAUGGAGAAUUUCGUGUCUGACGAAUUGCUGGGCACUUUCGUGCCGAUCCUGGUGUAUUGGAUCUAUUCCGGAUUUUAUAUCAUGUUGGGCGGUUUCGACAACUAUAGGCUGCAUACGCGGAAAGACGAAGACAUCAAGAACUUGGUUUCGAAGGCCACCGUCGUCAAAGGGGUUCUUCUGCAGCAGGCGGUUCAGGCUCUCAUUGCGAUCCUCUUAUUCACCGUAACAAGCAAUAGCGACACUACAGAUUUGCAACCUUCCCUUAUCGUGCUAGUGCGGCAAUUCUUGAUCGCCAUGCUGAUUCUGGAUACAUGGCAAUAUUUUAUGCACAGAUACAUGCACCAUAACAAGUUCUUGUAUCGGCACAUCCAUUCUCAGCAUCAUCGGCUUGUUGUCCCCUAUGCCUUUGGAGCUCUAUACAACCACCCCUUAGAGGGACUUCUUCUAGACACAAUUGGCGGUGCCCUAUCUUUCCUCCUUUCUGGUAUGUCGCCUCGAACCUCAAUUUUCUUCUUCUCCUUUGCGACCAUCAAAACAGUUGACGAUCAUUGUGGGUUGUGGCUACCGGGAAAUCUUUUCCAUAUGUUCUUUAGAAACAACACUGCUUACCAUGACAUCCAUCAUCAACUCUAUGGCAACAAGUACAACUUCUCACAGCCUUUCUUUGUCACGUGGGAUAAAAUUCUUGGAACCUACAUGCCUUAUUCACUUGAGAAGAGAACAGGAGGGGGUUUUGAAGCUCGGCCUGCAAAUGACUAGAGAUGAUGACCACGAACAUCUAUUGUUUGUUACAUUUGUGUACUAUGAGCAGAGCAGGAUAUUUCAUUUGUUAUAUAUGGCAGAAUGUUAUAAAUCAUUUGUGUUGUAUAUAUUUUUUCUUAUAGUCCUUUGCUUCUUUA